CUCUGCACUAUAAAAGCCCAAAUUCCCAUCCCCAGCACAACACCAACGACCUCGAUCCCUCCUUCUCUGCCGUUCUCGAUCUCCUUGUGCUCAGAAUAAUACAUAUGGCUUCGUCUCUGCUUUCUCCUUCACAUGUUGUGAAGAUGCUGCUAUUCUCUCUUAUGGUUACUUCUUUAAUAGCACUACCCUCGUACGCAAGCAGCAAUUUCUACGAGAACUUCGACAUCACUUGGGGAGACGGCCGUGCUAAAAUUCUCAACAACGGCGACCUCCUCACUCUUUCCCUUGACAGAGCCUCCGGCUCUGGUUUUCAAUCCAAGCAGGAGUACCUCUUUGGCAAAAUCGACAUGCAGCUGAAGCUCGUCCCCGGCAACUCCGCCGGCACUGUUACUGCCUACUAUCUGUCCUCGCAAGGGUCUGCUCACGAUGAGAUUGAUUUUGAAUUCUUGGGGAACUUGAGCGGAGAUCCCUACAUUCUUCAUACUAAUGUUUUCAGCCAAGGCAAAGGCAAUCGGGAGCAGCAAUUCUAUUUGUGGUUUGAUCCCACUGCUGACUUUCACACCUAUUCCAUCCUCUGGAAUCCUCAAGCCAUAAUCUUCUCUGUGGAUGGCAUACCUAUUAGGGAAUUCAAGAACAUGGAAUCAAUGGGUGUUCCGUUCCCUAAGAACCAGCUGAUGAGAUUAUACUCGAGCCUUUGGAAUGCAGAUGAUUGGGCCACGAGAGGUGGGCUGGUGAAGGCAGAUUGGACCCAAGCGCCCUUCACAGCCUCCUACAGGAAUUACAGUGCUGAUGCUUGUGUGAUGUCGUCUGGAGUAUCAACAUGCAGUUCAACUUCUUCUAGUUCUACGAAUUCAUGGCUCAACGAGGAGUUGGAUUAUACAAGUCAAGGAAGGCUAACAUGGGUUCAGCAAAAUUACAUGAUAUAUAAUUACUGCACGGAUACAAAGCGAUUUCCUCAGGGCUUCCCGGCAGAAUGCACUCUCACCAACAAGUCUUAAAAGGAAUACACUAGCUAAUCAGUCAAUUAUUUCUUUUCAUUUUGCCUUUUUAUCAAUACAUUCAUUCAUUGAUUCAUUAGUUUCGCCUUUUGUAUUCUUUCAUCUUAUUAAUUGAUUUGCUUUUGGAAUAUCCAAAUACAAUAUUUCUUUUCAUUU